AUGGUAAACUUUUUUAAAUCUAUAAAUGAAAUUUUGCUGAAAAAAAAUAAUUUACGUUUAAGAAAUAGUAUAUUUGAAAAAAAGAAACAUUUUUAUAGUAUAAAAAUAGUUGAUACAUUGAAAAAUAAAAAUGUAAAAGUGUAUGAUGAUUUAAUAAAAAAAAAAAAAAAGGUAGAGAAAGAAAAAGAUAAAUUAAAAAAAGAAGAGAGUAAUUUAAUGAAUACGAAAAAUGAUUUAUAUGAAUUGAAUAAAAAUAAAACCAUUUUUUAUGAAAGUGAAAGAAUUAUUAAAUGUGUAAGUGGGAAUGGAGGAGAUGGAACUAUAAGUUUUAAAAAAUACAAAAGAAAAGUUUUCGGGGUAUUAGGAUUACCUAAUGGUGGUAAAGGAGGAAAUGGUGGUAGUAUUUAUUUAUGUUAUUUAAACAUAGAUAGACAAAAAAAGAAAUCAAAAAAAGCAAAUAAAAAUGAUUUAAAUAAACACCUAUAUAUUAAUAAUUUGAACGAAUUACCAUGCGUUUUAUCUGCAACAAAUGGAGAAAAAGGAAAGUCAAAUCAAUUAAGGGGAAAAUGUGGAAGUAACAUUUUUAUUUAUUUAAAUAAAAUAUGCCAUGUUUAUAAACUUUUUCCAGAUACAGAUGAUAAUAGUAACGUAAAUUCCUCGAAAAAAGAAAGUCUAAAUAACCAUUCAGAAAAUGAUAUUUCUGAAAACAAAGAAUUAAAUAAUCAUAACACUUUUGAUAAUGACAGAAUAAGUGGAAAAAUAAUACAAAGACUUAACAGUUCUAUGAAUAAAGAAUCAAUGAAUAAUAAUAAUUUAAUAAAAAAAAAUUUGAAUGAAAGUGCGAUUAAUUAUAGCUCGAAUUACGAAGAAAAUGUUUAUAAUAUUUUAAAAAAGAAUGAUCCAGUAUAUAUUAAAAGAAAUAAUCAUAUUUUAAAAGAAAUUAUGAACUUUGAUAAAAAAAUAACAAAAGAAAUAUAUUUAGGACUUUUAAAUGAAAAUAAUGAUUGUAUAUUACUUUCAAGAGGAGGAGUAGGAGGUAAGGGAAAUAAUAUGAAGGAUACUUUUUCAUAUGAAAAAGGAGAAAAAGGCGAAACUAGUUAUAUAAAAAUUGUUUGUAAAUGUAUAAGUGAUAUUUGUUUUAUUGGUUAUAGUAAAUCAGGAAAAUCUACUUUGUUAUCAUUAAUUACUCAUAAAAUUUACACAGUUAAUAAUUUAUAUAUAUUAAAAAAAAUUUAUUUUAAAGACAAUUUUCAAAUAUCUGUAGCUGAUUUUUUUAAUUGUAAUGAUGAUUUAAGAAAAAAUAAAAAUGAAGAAAAUAUAUCUACAUUUUAUAUUAACCAAAAUUUAUUUAAAUAUUUAGAAUUAACACAUUUAAUUGUUAUUGUUCUUGAUUUUAACCAUAAUUUGAUUACCCAGUUUUAUAAUAUUAGAGAGGAAAUGAAAAAAGAUGAAAAGAUUUAUCGGAAACCAUAUAUUGUUGUUAUUAAUAAAUGUGAUAUAAACUUUAAAGAAAAUAUAAAGAAAGCUGAAGAUUCAUUUAAUGAAAUAAAAACAUAUGAUAAUAAUGUUUCCAUCUUUUUUAUAAGCGCAAAAUACGCAAUAGGAAUAAAUGAAUUUGUUAGUUGCUUAAGAAAUUUUAUACAAAAAUUAAAGCAAAAAAAUUAA